AUGAAGUCCCCUCCCUGCCUUGUAGCGCUGCCUCAGGACCAGCCUGAGCAGGUGGAGUUGGCGCUUCUAAACCAAGAGGGGUUGUUGCUGGCUGCCUUGCCUGCUUGCCUGCCUGCACCCCACCCCUCCCCAGCCCGCCUAUUUCCGUGUCCCCUCCUCUUUCCCAUUCAUUCCCAGUCAGUCCCGGGCCCCGCAGGAGCAGCGACCGCAGCGGCGGCGGCGGAGGCGGCUCUGCGGGAGCUGCGGCGCUACGUUGGUAGCUGCUGCAGUGGCCCAGCAGGUGGAAGGAGUAGGAGGAAGAAGAGGAAGAGGAGGCGGCUGAUAACUGGCAGCGGCGGCGCCUGGGAGGGGCUGUUUCACCUGCCCCGGGGCUGCAGCGGCGAGAUCAAGAGCAGCUCUCCAGAGCGAACUGUUGAGCACCCCAGGCAGGAGCACGUGACUGAAGACGGCUCCCUGAGACCAGCUGGAGGAAGCCAGGGUGUGCAAUGGUCCCUGGGGAGUUACGCGGAAGUGACCGCCCAAGUCAGUGGCUCUUUUCUGCAGCCAGUGAGCAGCGAAGUGCGAGGUUCGGGGCUCCCCGCCUUUGGUUCUCACUUCUCUGGAAUGGACCAUAGCCCGUACUAG